CACACGAACGCCGUGUAGACCUCAGCAGAUUCGGUUGCUCUUAAACAGCACUGUUCAGAAGGGAAUAACAUCAGAAUAUAAACAGGAAAUUGAAUCUUUCUCUCCUGUUGCACAGCCGCGCUGCAGUGUUUCUGUACCCGCGUUAGACUGAAGGUCAUCAGACCCCGUGUUCAGACUUCCGGUGAUCCGAGGAGAAUGGCUCCACUUCCGGGUGCGGAGCUCGUGCGGACUCCCGUGCAGCUUUACCGCUACCUGCUGCGCUGCUGCAGGCUGCUACCCGGAGGAGCCACGCGCACACACUACAGACACACCGUCCGACAGGGUUACAACAGCCAUGCAGAUGAGGACGACCCAGAACGAAUUCGAAUGAUCAUUAAGCAAGCUAUAUCCGAUGCUGACUGGAUCCUAAACAAGUAUACUAAACAGACAGAAUCUCCAGAUCAGGAUGGAACAGGACAAAACAACUUCCAUCAAAGGUGAUGCUACACUGAACUGCUUCAAAGCUCAGAGGAUGCUUCGUUGUGUUUAUUACCAGUCAUUAUUGUGUUACAGGAUUCUAAGGGGAUAAUGCAACAUUUCUAUUACCAACCUUCUAUGAAAAUACCUUGGUACUUCCUGACCAACUAUAGAUUUGUGUACAAAUUUCACGCAAACAGUUCAGUUGAAUUAUAUGUAUUUAAUUCAAGUGGGUAUAAUGAAUAGCUAAUGAAUUCUAUGAGCUUUGAUUUAUCAGCAGUAAUCGGCUGAGUUUUUGUUUUCUUCAUCUGAACACUGUUGCUUCUCCUUGCCAUUCAAAUAAUAAAAAAAAGUCAUACCCACUGAUGAGCAGUUUUUCUCAAAUAACAUAAUUAUUUCUUUUUCAUAGACCUACUGUAUGACAAACAUGUAUGUGCUUGUAUUAAAUAAAGCCUCAUAUUUUGUA